UCUUGUAAGCUUUCUUUGUGUAAUACAAAGCAUUUCUCUUAUAUACUUGUGUUCAAGUAUUACAAGCAACUUCCUUGCGAUCCAAUGUUCCAUUUAGCAACUUUCAUAACCAAAACCCAACGAUACUAAGUCGGCUAGGCCUACUUAGACCAUGUUCUAAGGCCGCACGCGAGUUGAAAGACUAACUCCGUGACAAGUGGUAUCAGAGCAACGUUUCGAUCCAUCCAAGAUGGCUGAUGAUAAGACUUAACUUACAACCAUGGCUACUGGAGAAGAGACCCGUGGGCGCGAUGACACUCGCAAAGGAGGAAGAAAGAAUUGAGACAUGUCCAAGGACUUGGUCGCAAGCUUAGACAAACGUGUGGAAGACAUGCAGACAUCCAUAGCUGAAUUCAAGUCACAGGUUGAAGAAUUCAAGGCUGAAGUCGACAUCUUCCAAACAAACACUAACGAGUCGGUGGAACAAGUAGGUGGAGAUUUCGGCGAGUUAAGAGACGACAUCAAACUUGCUAUGCAAGUCAUGCAAGUUGAGUUAAAAGAGAUGUUUAUGAAGGAGCUGGGGCAAGUACAAAGCAAUAUAGAGAGCAAGUUUGCUGAAACUUUCAAUGAGUUGCAAAUGGAGUUAAACAUUUGCAAACAAGCACUAGCAAACCGAGGCGACACCAUCAUUUCUUCAAAGUCUGAAGUCCCAAAGCCAUAUCCGUUUGUUGGAAAACGGGAGGCGCGAGCCGUUGAAGACUUCAUUUGGGAGAUUGAGCAGUACUUUGAAGCUAUAGACAUCGUUGACGAUGGCAAGAAAAUCAAAACGGUGACCUUAUACUUAAAGGAAACCGCGACUCUAUGGUGGCGACGAAAGCACAUGGAGAUCGAAAAAGGUAUGUGUACCAUCAACACUUGGGCUGAUUUUGUAAAAGAAAUUAAAAAGCAAUUUUAUCCGGAAAAUGCCGAACACGACGCAAAGAUUCGUCUACGAAACCUUAGGCAAAAGGGUAACAUCAAAGAUUAUAUCAAUGAAUUCACUACCCUUGUGCUUGAGAUUCCGGACUUGUCGCCCAAGGAUGCUCUCAUAUACUUUGUCGACGGCUUGCAACAAUGGGCCAAAACUGAACUUGAACGACGAAAUGUUCAAGACUUUUCAUCGGCAAUCUCUGUUGCUGAAAACUUGCACGACGGUAAUGAAAAUCGUUCGACAAGAUCAGCAGCUACAGAGACUGGCGAUGUAAAAGGUGGGGGAGCAAAACCCACCAACCAAAAUCAAUACCGGAAGAAUGAUGACCGGGCAUUAACAUUAUAUAACAAAGGAAAAGCCGUAAACCAAGGGUGCUUCCUUUGCGAUGGGCCUCAUGAUGCACGAGACUGCCCAAAGAAAGCCAGACUAACGGCCCUUAUAAGGACCGACGAUGAUGAACCUGAGGAAACCGAAGAGGUGCGCCUAGGUGCAAUGCAACUUCAAGUUUUAAAUGCUAUGACCGAAAUGGAAGGAAAACCAUUGGCGAUGGCAAAUAAAGCUAACCCUACAACAGUCGUGGGCAAUUCAAAUGGAAAAGGUCUUCGUUUCGUCAAUCUAGAAAUCAAAGGAGAAACCUUAGAAGCAUUGGUCGAUACCGGUGCUAGCCACAACUUUAUGUCAACAAACGAGGCGAGAAGACUCGGCUUAAUCCGAGACCAUACAUUGUCUUUGUUUCCGGCUUUCGAUAUGUUUGAGGACGACUGAGUAUGUUGUCAGAACCUGUUAUGGAUUUUUUUUAUCGUCUCUAUCAGACAUGUUCGGUUUCGCAUUGAACUCGACCCAGAUUUUUUUCUGUGUUAACCCACACUAGUUAUUUGAGGAAACGAGCAUACCUUACGGAGGUUUUUGAAAGCUUAAAAAGAAUGCUUACUUUCUUUAACGAUUACUCUAUGGGCAAAGCAAGUCAAAGUUAGAGAAGUAUUAGGUGACGACUCUUGGGCAUUGCCAAGCUAUUAUCGAUACAAAAGUGAUUACAGGAAGCUUAAGAAAAGUAUCUCUGAUGACAUUGAUACAUGCCUGCUCAAGAUAAGAGACAUGAUUGAAUUUGAUCAACUGAAUCGCUCAAUCUACAAUGAGGGGAGAUAUGAGAUGCGGUCAGUUAUGCAAGUGUUGAAUAAGAAAAACCGUUACUUCUUUAUGUUGAUACUAAGGUAUCAUACAACGAAGAAUAGCAAAGAAUUUAGGUGGUUUUCGCGUAUCAAGAUAUGACACGAGAGGAUAAAGGAAGAAAUUAUGACUUCUGUCCAAAGCGAAGAAGACUGGCUGAGAAACUUACUUGCCGAUGUGAGUACAAAAAAUACAUACUUCAUGAUAUAAGAGAAGUAGCUUUUCAAAAAGGUACUGAGUUGUCCCAACGUAGAGAGUUGAAGUCUGAAAUAGACAAGUUGGGAGUUCCUUUGAUGUGUGAAACAAGUUAGAUUCAUAAGCAAGCUUGGAGCGAAAAGAUCAAUGCCCAACUAGAAUCACAAAGAAUUCAAAGUGAGGCUCAGUAUUAUAUGGAAGUGGAAGUGAUGCUGAAGGCAAGGGAGCUCAACAAUAAGCUUAACGUGAACAACAUACAAGGUUCGGGUUUGAGGCAAGAAGUUUUCAAUCGAGUCGCGUGGGUAACUAAUGAAAUCCAGACCCUUUCCUUAAGGUGUUCAAAACUGAGGACGGAAAACCUAGUCAUACUAGAGAAUAUUGUAGGCCUCAUGCUUAUUAACAAAUAAACAACUUGUAAAUCAUUGUAAAUAGUUUAUAUUUGUAAUAUUUAUUUUAGAUAAUUCUCUAGUUCUAGAAGUCAAAUAUAGUUGUAAAACUCUUCUUUAUUCUCCUAUUAUUGUUGUACAUAGUGUGUUUAA